CCUCCUACCAUCUCUCUCGGACAGCAGAGAGAGCUUCACCUCGCUGGCUCCAGCCUGAAUGUCUGAUUACCUAACUUCAAACCAUCUUCACUUCAGUCGCUCCUUAACAUGUCAGACAAUCCUGUAAACAUGUGUUAAUAGGAACACCCAAACAAAGUGUAGAUGAACUCUUUAAAUCUCCUCCUUUCUGCAAAACAAACAAACAAUAAAAAUGUUAUGUAAGCAUGUAACAUGCGGAAGCUCGACUUACUUACACACAUGAUUUACUGAACUUAAAGCAUGUUAUGUUUUUGUUAUCUAAAUGUAUUCUUAUUGAAACAUGCAGUAGGACAUGCUUCUUGUUUUCCAUGUCUUUAAAAACAUAGAAAGCGCUAAUCAGGCUGAGGUGAACUAAGGACACAGAGGAGUCACAUGGUUCACCUGUGAUCUAGUGCAGCGCUCGUGCCAACACUAUAAACAAAAAAAUGCAUAUAUAAGCUCCAAUCACAGGGUGAGGGUGAAGGGGAGCAUAAAAGAAGAGAUCUGUCGUCCAGGGGAGAGUUCAGAAGAAGAGGUUGGACGGGCACUAUGGACUUCUCCGCGACUGUGAUCUUGGCAGGGCUGAUCCUGGCCUUGCUGUGGCUGUUCAGAGUCAAAAACAAGAAGUAUAAGCUUCCUCCAGGACCCACUGCUCUACCCAUCAUAGGGAAUUUACCACAACUGGAGAAAGGAGCACCUUAUAAAAGCUUCCGCAAAUUGAGUGAAACCUAUGGUCCUGUGAUGACCAUAUACCUGGGCUGGCAGAGGACAGUUGUUCUGGUCGGAUAUGACGCAGUGAAGGAGGCUCUGGUGGAUCAGGCCGAUGACUUCACCGGCAGGGGGCCGUUUCCUUUUCUGCUGAAAGCUACCAGAGGCUACGGUUUGGGGGUCAGUAACGGGGAGCGUUGGCGCCAGCUGCGACGUUUCACACUGAUGACCCUGAGGGACUUUGGGAUGGGACGUAAGGGGAUGGAGCAGUGGAUCCAGGAGGAGAGCGGUCACAUGAGAGACCGGAUAGAAUCAUUCAAAGGCAAACCGUUCAACCCCACGUCCCUGUUGAGCUGCACCGUGUCCAACGUGAUCUGCUGUCUGGUGUUCAGUCAGCGCUUUGACUAUGAAGACAAAGACUUCCUGUGCCUUCUUGAUAUCAUAGCUGAGAUUUUAAGGUUUAACAGCAGCACCACUGGACAGAUGUUUAAUCUCUUCCCCUGGAUCAUGGAGCGUCUACCCGGCCACCACCAUAAAGUUUUUGCACGUGUUGAUGAGUUGAACAACUUUAUCAAGAAGAAGAUCCAGGAGCACAAAGACACUCUGGAUACCAGCUCCCCGAGAGACUUCAUUGACUGCUUCCUUCUCCGAAUAAAUCAGGAAAAGGACAUACCAACAAGUGAGUUCCAGUUUGACAACUUGGUGUCUACAGUGCUGAAUCUUUUCCUGGCAGGGACAGAAACCACCAGCUCCACCAUCAGAUAUGCCCUGAGUGUGCUGAUCAAAUACCCCAGCAUUCAAGAGAAAAUGCAGGAGGAGAUUGACACUGUGAUUGGACAAAACCGCUGUGUCAACAUGGAGGACAGGAAGUCCCUCCCCUUUACUGAUGCAGUCAUCCAUGAGGUGCAGCGUUUUCUGGACAUUGUCCCCUUAAGCCUCCCUCACUACGCUCUCCAUGACUUCACUUUCAGGGGUUAUACCAUCCCUAAGGAUACUGUCAUUAUUCCCUUGUUGCACUCUGUGCUAAGAGAAGAAAAGCAGUGGGACACUCCCUGGUCCUUCAACCCUCAGCACUUCUUGGACCAGAACGGCAACUUUAAGAAGAACCCUGCUUUCCUUCCAUUUGCUACAGGGAAGAGGGCCUGUGUCGGGGAGUCUCUCGCUCGUAUGGAGCUCUUUCUCUUCAUGGUGUCACUGCUGCAGCGUUUCACCUUCUCCUGCUCUGGAGGCCCUGACAGUAUGAGCCUCGUACCGGAGAGCAGCGGCUUUGCUAAUCUGCCUCGGAGGUUUGAGCUCAUCGCCACGCCACGAUGAACAGAGGGAGCUCCAGUUGGCAACAGUUUUGUGGACUGUUGAUGUUUGCAGUUAACCUGGGUGAUUAAGUCGACAGGACCAUCGUACUGAAAAGUUAUGGGACGGAUGUUUUCUUGAUGUGAAUUCUCUUUGUCUGUCUUAUAGACCCUUUUUUUUAAUGCUUUCUUGCACAAAUUUAAAUGAAAAUCACUACUCCAAUACAAAUAUAUUGCUUCAUAACAGCUACAAGUUAUGCAAAAUUAUAUGCAUGUCAAUAAAUCACUGCCCUCUGCAGGAGAAAGCUGAACGUACCAAUUGGAGGGUUAUCUGCUUUGUAUCACAUACUGUCAUUUUGCUUAGAAAUAAUUCAGAGUUGGGAUGCACCAGUGGGACUUUCUUUGGUUGCAUAUAUAUGUGUGUAUUUCUUCUUUUUACUUUCUUAUUAUGUUACUUUCAAGAAUUCUAUGUAUAAAUAUAUAUGUCACUUCUCUAAAUGUAAAGUAUAUUCCAAAUACAAAGUCUCUCUCCGCUGCACAACUUAAAUAUUCCUUUGCUGAGUCGAGCACUGCACUAUUCUAUUUUUUGAUUUAUCUGCUUUUUCUAUAAUAAAGUUGUUUAAAGAAACA